UGGUUUGUUUAGUUUUUCACUACCAUCAUCACCACUAUAUAUCUCCCAUCUCCAAUCCUCUUCAGAUCUGCUAUACUUGUUACACCUUCACUACCCAAACAAAAUUUAAUAACUUAACAGCAUCAGAUAGAUCACACAAAACAAAAACAUUGCUUUCAGUCUCUUUUUUGACUAACCCACUCAUCUUAAUUCCCUGUCCACUAUAUCUUCAGAUCUUCUUUUCUUUUCUUUUGUAUUACUUCUUAUUAAUCUACAUCUACAAAAAAAAAAUGAUACAAGAAUUGUUGGGCAGUACAGGACUGCUAAGUGAUGGUGGUGGAGGAGAAAGGAAAUAUCCAUAUUUUCAUUGUGGAAUUGAAGCUGGUUUACCUAAUACAACAUCUUCUUACUCCACACCAACUAGUAGUAUUCCCAGUACUCCUACUACAACUGCUGCUACAACAAUGACGACGACAACGGUUACAGCAACUGGUGCUACUGAUACUACUACAACUACUCCUACAAAUAAUACCAAUCCUAAUACUCCAUCAUCAGAUCAACCAAGUUUGAGAUGCCCAAGAUGUGAUUCACCAAACACAAAGUUUUGUUACUACAACAACUAUAAUCUUACUCAACCUCGCCAUUUCUGUAAGACUUGCCGACGUUACUGGACUAAAGGCGGUGCUCUCCGUAAUGUUCCAAUUGGCGGUGGAUGCCGAAAAAACAAGAGCUCUACUGCUUCUACUACCACAGCUAGUAGCGUUAUUCCUUCCAUUACAGCAGGUAAAACAUCUACAGCAUCUGGUUAUGUUGUUGGUGGAAAUAUAAUAAAAAAUUCUUCAGACAAUAACAGAAAUGGUUUUGAGUUUGAUCAUCAUAGCCAAACAAACCCAAUUUUAUGGUCUUCAUCAGCAUCACCACAAAAUUCAUCUCAGCAGUUGUUAGCUUUACUUAGAUCAGCUUCAUCUUACUCUCAGAAUACAAACCCUAACCCUAACAAUAAUUGUCAUGCUAGUGCUGUAAAAGAUGAAGCAGGAUUCAUGAUGGGAUCAUUUAUGGGUUGUACUUCUGAAUCUGCAUUAAACACUACUACCAGUGCAUUAAACACAAAAACCCUAAAUAUAGAUCCAUUACUAGGUCAUCAAGUGAAUCCUAUUGGUCUAUGCGGUAACAGUUCUUUCUGGAGGAACAAUCAACAGCAGAACAAUUAUUUGUUGCAGCAGGAUAAUAAUAAUAACAGCAAUGAAGUGCGUAAUGAUAACACAAGUGGGAUUCAAGAGCUUUAUCAGAGACUCAGGUCAUCAACAAAUUACUACAACAGUAGUAAUACGACGGAUCAUACAUCAGGUUUAUUCAUGAACAUCAAUAUUGGAUCAUCAGCACCAUCUCCUUCUAUAUUGGAAUCAGCUCCUGUUGCUUCUGUCGGUGGAGUUGGAGAUAUGGGUUACUCAUGGAUGAAUCCUCAAUUUUCUUGGUCUGAUCUUCCUACAGCUACCAAUGGUGCCUUUCCUUAGGACUCUCUCUCUCGUUUUAAUUUAGUGUUGUGCUGAUUUAAUUUUGGGGUUUUGGUAUAUGAGUAUGUUUGUAUCUUUGUUGGUUUUUCUUUCUUUUUAUUUUAGUGUGGUUUGUGUGUUCUAAGUUCAAACAUAGUUUGUUUAGGUUGUGAGAAUGUACCAAGCAAGAAAUUAACCUGAGAAAAGAAACAAAGCAAUUUCUAAGCAUAUUUUGUUUCAGAUGAACUUGUGUCACAUGUAAUCAUAUCAUACUUUGGUUUCAGUAAUGAGUCAAUUGUCUAAACUUGGUUAUAGAGCCA